AUGAAGGAUAUUGAUAAAGUUAUGAAGGGAAGAUUUCUAUACAAAGACACAGAGCUGAAGUGGGUUUUACAACAGUUACAUCAUCAUCAUCGUGAGAAUUGGAAGGUUAGUCUUGAUCCAGAAAAAGGCAAGUCAGAAAAGAAAAGAAAAAUUAUCAAUUCUCGUAGAAGUGAUAAGAAAGAGUAA